AUGUCCGAGGAAGUAGCUUUGCGUGAAUCGUUGCUUGCCGGUAUCCCUCACGAGUGGGAAAUACCGUGUCGACACAUUUCGUGGGACACAGAGAAGCCGCUUGGUCAAGGCUCCUUCGGUACGGUUUUCUUGGGUCGCAUGCUGCGCAAUUCCAUGCCAAACCAGUCCCGUGUUGGGACCAUGUCCCGUGUGCUGAGCAAAUUCACACCGGACAAUAAAGACAGUACAAUGUUAGUCGCCGUAAAGACUGUUGGACCCGAAGCAUCUGCGGAUGAUAUUCGAGAAUUUCUCAGCGAAGCGGCAUUUAUGAAAAACUUCUCAUGUCAUCACAUUGUUCGCAUGCUGGGUAUUACCACGUCUGAGCAACCUCUGUGGCAUACUCCGCCUGCAUUGGUGAUGGAGUGGAUGGCCUUGGGCGAUCUGGCCUCUUAUUUGCGUCAACGUGAACGUAGAGAUGAUUGUUCGGACGGAGUAGUCAAGCCCAAAUUAGCACUAACCUGGGCCGCUCAGAUCGCGGACGGAAUGUUAUUCCUCAGUGAUCGGAAUUUGGUACAUCGUGAUCUGGCCGCACGAAAUUGCCUGGUGGAUAAGCAACUCACGGUGAAAAUUGCCGAUUUCGGCUUGGCUCGUUGUAUGAGUGCGGAUGAGUACUACCGUCGACGUGGUCAAACCCGGUUACCUAUUCGUUGGAUGGCACCGGAAUCACUGAAUCAAUCGUACUUUACCACAAAAUCUGAUGUGUGGUCCUAUGGAAUUGUGUUGUGGGAGAUCGCUACCUUUGCUGCUCUUCCAUAUUCUGGCCUAUCUCACGAACAAGUGAUUGCGCACGUGACUCAAGGUGGAUAUUUGGAUUUACGAGAUUUGCCAGCACGACUACCUUCAGUUCUGUAA